AUGGGAAGCGAGGCGACGACUUUUAUUUUAGAUGUGUCACCAUCGAUGGUUAAGCUAGGGUUUUCUGAGCAAGCAAUGGCUUACAUAGAAUACGUCCUAUUUCUUAAAGCUAAAAAACAAAGAAAGACUGAUUGGGCGAGCUGCUAUCUCGCAAAUUGUUCAAUGACGCGAAAUGACCAGGAAACGGACAAUGUCUUCCAGCUACUGCCAUUUACGGCGCCUAUAUCUGCCACUAGGAUAAUAGAAGCAAUACAGGAACUUCAAACCAUUAUUGACCAACAGUAUGCCGAUCAGAAGACUGUGAAUUCCAUGGUCCAAAGUCUUUUGGUUUCCUCUGUUGGCAUGCGCGAUGAGUUCAACAAGCGUAAGGUGAAAAAACAGAUUAUGAUCUUUACCAAUGAUCUGGAUGGUCUGGACCUUACAGAGCAAGAGCUGGACACUUUGAGACAGGAGCUCGACUGCCGCAUAAUACUUGUUACUUGUGGCGUUGAGGAGGCAGAUGUUGUAAAGCAUGAGAAAUCCAUAUGGGAAAAGUGUGUGGACAUCAUUCCGGGCUCGAUACAGAUAUCAAUGACCGAGCUUCUCCAGGAAAUCACCACUCCUAAUCCUGCAAUUGUGAAGCCCGUACGUAUUUUCCAAGGGGAGCUGCGGUUGGGAGCACCCAUUUUAAAAAAUGACGAUUCCGAUGAGGCUUGCAGCUAUACGUCGAUAAAAGUAGAGGGAUAUCCCGCCACAAAGGCGGUUACAAGUCUCAAUCGACGUGUUGUUGCCAAAGAAGAGGACAAUCAUUAUGAGCCUGUCAAGGCAAUUAUAGAAUAUGAAGCUUUCGAUCUCGAAGAUGACGACGACGACGAGGAUGGCGGUGAGAGAGGCGAUGGAUUUUCAGAUGCGAAAGGAGACAUUAGCUCUAGAACUGUAUCGAUUGCGCGUGAUUCAGUAACGAAAGCGUAUAGAUAUGGCACAGACUACGUGGUGCUACCUCCAGCCAUCGAAUCUGAGCGAAUUUACCAUACUAGUCCUGGUCUAGAUAUCCGCGGUUUUGUUGGUCGGGCUGAGAUACCCCGACAUUAUUUGAGCUCGGAGUCUACAUUCAUACUGCCCGCCAUCAAGGAGGGCACACAAGCGGACACUUUGGCACUGACAGCAUUGGUUGAUUCCAUGAUACAUCAAGAUAAAAUGGCAAUUGCUAGGUACGUUCAGCGGACAGACAGUGAAGUACAAAUGUGCUUACUAUGCCCGCUUUUGAUUUCACAAAAACGUAAAAGCACAGGGACCGAUGCAGACCCUAAAUCACGAGCUCUAGUGCUGAGUAGACUGCCAUUUGCCGAGGAUGAGCGUGCUUCAGACUACCCUAGAUUAACGCCCGUCUCGACAGAUGCCAAACAGCUGCAGAAAAACAAGGAAGUCGAUACAUUAAUGGAAGAGUUUGUCAAUUCAAGAGAUCUUGGUGAAGGCCUGGGUGCUACUUGGUACUCCACGCCGCUGUACCAGCCUGUUGAUGCUUCGAUAACUACAGACUCGACGUUGCCACUGCCAAACAAAGAGCGGUCGCGUGAUACGGAAGUUUAUGCAACUCCUGCGAUAGGUAUACACCGGAUGCAGCAGAUCCUGGUCGAGUAUAUGCAUCAGAGGAUUGUGCGUAAGUCGGAAAAGUUCGAAGUUCCAGGACUUCCUAGCAUUUACGACAAGCUACUGAAUCCAAAGUUUGACAACACAGAAAUUCCCACUCAGAAGCUACAAGAACGAGUAGCAAUAAAACUGAAUAACACCAAGCCUUCGGGCAAUCCUUAUUCCGAUGAACAGCAGGAUGAAGACGAAGAGUUCUACGAUAUACCAACUCUGGAGAGUUUACUUGCAAGGGGGAAGUCUUAA